AUGCAAUUCUCAUCACUAUGGGUCGAUCAAAUUGACCCUGAUGAAUGGUAUGAUUUGACGAUCAUUACACUAGAUCCACCACGACCGUAUGCCCUGCGUCACUUUGUGCUAGACCUUGUGAUCACCCAAUCAUUAGACUUGCCACGAUUUGCAGGACUUGUCACCAUCAUGCCUGAUGCCCGCAGCCGUUUUUACUUGUACUCCGUUGCAUGUUCAUUUGAUGCCCACAUUAGCGGUUUUGACAUCAUCAAUGCGGCUGACAUUGCACGUGUAUGCAGACACCAAGCAUGUAGGAUCACCUUUGGCUGGCAGGAGAUUCCAAACACACUGCGGCCCACUCAUGAUACUAGCCAUGGAGACGGUUUUCAGAUCAUGAUUAGAGAUUCACCUACCCAGCUUGCACAAAGAUCAGAAUCGUCAAGCGGUUCCUCAGCCACAGUCGCAUUGCCAGACAGCAGGUUUCAUCCCCAAAAUGCAGGUACCGAAGCUGAGGCAGCAAUUGACAGCAGUGCCAUGACCAGCUCCGCAUCAGCUUCCAAUGCCUCGAGAAGCGCCGCUAGGUUCAUGACUGCCUUGCAUUUGUACCAAUUUCAGGGCCAAGAGGUUGUCAUGCAAUUGGUCAACGCUCAGCUUGUCCAACCCUCGCAUGAGAUGGCAGAAGCACUGAACGUCCCCCUCGAUUGCUUGGAGGCAGUUUAUCCCAUCCCUUGCAGACCAUUGGACUUUCCUGAAUUAGCCAUUCCAGCAAUUGUUCAACGGACAGGGGACAUCCCCCAAAGGUCAACGGAUAGACUGAUACUAAUUGACACAAAGUAUCUUUAUCUACCCAAUGCAGAAGGACAGGCUCCUGACCCAACCGUUGUCAGAACAGUUCAUCGUAUCGGCUAUCUAGUCAUCAGGUCUCACCUGCUAAUGACUGCAGGGGUUUUUCAUUACUGUCAACUCCUUGAAGAGCAGUGUACGGUUUCUCUUGACGGUAUAGACUGGCCCAGGCAUGACCAUGGAUCUAGGCCCGUGCGGCACGGAUCGUACGUUCUCAUUAUUGUCCCGCCGUACUCAAACCUUCAGAUUGACACUCAAGUAGUUGCUGGAACCAUUCAGGACGACAUGGAGCACGACACUUUCAUGAAUUUCAUUGCCUCUCCGGAGCCAGAACAAGAUGAUGGAAGCUUGUGCCAGCUUUCAUCAACGACUCUGAAGCAACGCAAAGGUUCACGUUUCUUUCCGCAUCCAGUAGCCUUAGCUCCAGCGCAGGACGAAGCAAUGCAGCCUGAAUACCAUGUAUGCACAGAACCUUUCACUUCUCUGGGUGCGGUACUGCGACCUAAGGUCGACCUGAACCCCCAGAGAGUUCCUGACGAUGCACCACCUGCCAGAAAGCAGCAACACAGACUAACGGAAGUACUGGCACCAGCUGAACUUCAAAACAAGGCUGCAGACUUGCAAGACCAAAAACCGCGCAAGAUCAAAGGCAAAGAGGUAGUGCGAAAGGACCAAACCAAGCCACUGCAGCAAUCAAAGAUUGAUGCGUUUUUUCAACCAAAGAGUGCCGCCAAAAUGCCUGCAACAAAUGGAAGGAAACAAACGAGCAUCACUCAGUUCUUUUCCAAACCAAAAGCAGCCGACCGGGCAGAAAACCCCUUACAAGAAGAAGACACUUUUGUUCCCUUACGGAGCAUGUACAAUGCCACAAGUGAACAAAAUCACCAAUGCCGAAAGACCAAAGGUCUAGGUGAAAUCAGGCAAAACCGAUGUUCCGACCAGCAAACAACACCGGCGCCUGAUUUCCAGAUACCUAUUCCUACACAACCACCAAAUGGGCACCCAGAGCCAAGACCAAGACCAAUAUGGUUGAUCGAACUUACCUCCCUCUUUGACGAGUUGGCUACCACCCGUCAUGCAGAGACGGGGCCCGAAAUUGAAAUCGAUGUCUGGUAUGUUCAUCAUACUAGAUUCCCGCGCUGCAAUGCACCGAGAAACGUGCGGCUUGACAAUCUCUUUGACCUAUGGUAUGCUGACAUUUGCACUGUAUGGUUUGAUCACAUCGUGCGUAAUGAACCACUCAAAGUUUUGAUUGUCAAGCCCAGGCCAGCCCAUGCUAUGCGGAGCCAAGCUCAAACGCAUGUCAUCCUGGAACAGGGAAUGACGCCCGGCAGAGUUGCCCUGCAUUUCACUGCAUCAUUUCACGGUGGUAAUCGCGAUGGCAUUUAUCAGGUUGCGGAAUCGGUCCCCGAUCACAUUUGCACCAAUACGAUGAUCGAGCUGCACAAUUUUUGGCGGUUUUGUGUUGAACGGCCUUGUCACAUGUGGUCUGGAGUCCUCAGAUUUCACAGAGAUCAGCCUGAAGAGAUUUUUUCUGGAAUGAGUGCCUUGCUUGAUGUUCAUGAGAGGCCCCAACACUCUGGACAUGCCUCUUCCAGCCAUGCACUUGACCCAGAUGACCCAGAUGACACUAUGCUCAUGCAGCUGCCUGGAACUACACAUGUUGCAAGUGAUUCAUCAGAGGUGGAUGCACCUGACCGAUCUCUAUCUGAUCGCGACCCAAACCAGGACACUCACGCAGGAAACAAUGAGAUACCUGUAACUGACCAGCCACGCAUACCUCAGGACCAAUUGCCACGCAUGCCAAGUGACAGUGCACCUUUAUUGCGCAUUAGAGACCUGGCACUUUUUCGCCAAGCUCUUGCAUCGCAGGUUGACCAGAGACCUGAAACACGUAGACAUCAAGCAACUAGUGCUCUCACUGUACAUACUUGGUUUUCCGAUGCAGUACGCUUGCCACGCUCAGACCACUAUCGUGCCGUCAUGUUAGGACAGUUGCCCAUGCAUUGGCCUUUUGAAAUCCUUAGCAGAUGGCAAGAUUGGAUCGAUCCCACUCAAGAGGUUGUCCUGCAACUGGUACAGCCCCACCCCUCUGGCGGUACACCUGAUGUAGCGGCUCACGUGCUAGUCAUUCAGGCACAACACCAGACGAUGAAUGCAGCGUUGAUCACAGUAGUUGAAUUGCUUGAAGACCCAUGGCAUCCCACGUCCUUUUGUACCCUGUUGCCCCCACAGGUCAAUGCCCAAGUGAUUAUGCAAGAAGCUGGGGUUACAGAUCGGUGUAGACCCCUUACUGCACAUCAACUCUGCGAGAUCAUGCAUGGGUCCAUAAGAAUCGAGGGUGAUAUGACCUUCCCUGUGAGACAUGGCUUUCAGUUUGAACUGGCGUUGUCUUCACUUGACGAAGAAUGGGAACUCGAAGUUUCGCUACUGCAACUGAGUUUUGCUACCAUUCAGCAGCAGAUUCGGACCAUUGACAAGGCUGUGUUGGCAGCAAGGCGGUCAUUGCCCAUGCAAUGCCCGGGAUCAGAUGCCAGUCCCAAUGAGCAGGCUAUUUCAGUGACUAUCUUGCCUCCCUUUCAGCAGGGAACAGCAGCCUGCCCUUUUGCUUACCUGACUUUCCAUUCAGUGCUGCAGAGCGCGUGGCAACCGCUCUCACUUUUGUCAGCUCAGUUGCACGACCCAUCGGUCACAGUGGUUACGUGGUUCCUUGAUCACAUUCGUUACCCACAGUCUUUUGCCUCGAGAGAUGUACAGUUGUAUCAUGACCCUGAAGAGUGGUUAUACAUUAUGGAACGUGCCUGGCAUGAUGUGAUUUUGCCCGACAUGCCUUUGCAUUUUCACAUUGUUCAGCCUAACCCGAUCCAAAUGGAGCCCGAGGUAGCAAUGCACGUUUUAUUGGUUCAGCAACCUGUUCCCAAUUUUGACUCAGUGCUGAUUAGCCUGGUGGAUUCUCAGUUUGCAGGAUUACCCCCUCGAAGGCAUGCAUCCAUGGCACCUCACCUGUUGCCGUACACAACCUUGUUAGGGAUUGCCUAUCAGGAACGGGAAUCACAAAAGCUCCAGUCUAUUGUCCGAACACAAUGUGACUCCCAUGACAGAGUCCCGAACCCACGUACCAGAGUCACCCUGUGCCUUGAACUUGUCAUCCCGCAGCCUGCUGACAACGAUUGGAGUCGACUCUGCCCCGAGACAUCGGCCCUGUCCUGGUUUAUACAACCAGACUGGAUACAGCAUUGCCUAUCUUUUUCCAUUGCAUCACCAUCGGCGCUGCCGGAAGGGAUUAAGAUUCACCCAGCAACUUAUGAUGCACUGCUCUCACAGCCCCUUCAGUCAGACCCCACAGAUUGGAGAUGGGAGCUUUAUGUUGAUGGGUCAAUGGGAUCGCACACAGCAGGUUGGAGUGUCAUCGUGGUUUGCUCUGACGAAAGCAGUUCCUGCCUUUGGGGCUGCUAUGCAGGUCAAGUGCAGCUUGCGCCUCAACAUCCUCAAUGGAUUGGCGCUGACUCACUAGACAACAUCUCGGCCGAGUUGACAGCAUUUAUUGUUGCCCAAGAUGUUUGUCUCAGGUUGUUGCCCAAGGGUACGGCCACCAUCAGGCCCGACCUCAUGUUGAGCCAGAUGAUCGCCACUUUUGAAAACAUAACCCAUGCCUCCCCUAAGCUGGCGCAGCUUUGCCGUAUUUUAUCCUGCUGGCUCGGGAAGGAUACUCACGUUGUGCAGAUUGCUGCCCACAAAGGAGAUCCCUGGAAUGAACUUGCCGAUACCAUAGCAAAAUGGGCUGCAAUGCAAGACACUGGAUGCCUCCCCCAAUGGGAGUCGCCAGGGCUCCACGAGCUUGCCGGUACUCCCCAUGACCUUCACUGGUGUUGGUUGCAACAUGUAUCCAGUAGGUUUCACCAGUGUUUCCCUCCCAUUGUCAGUAAUGAGGUGAUGCAGUUUCCUCCAUCGAGUCAUACUGCUACAAUGCCCCAUUCUUGCGUCUCUCAAGACGCAGCGUGGCUCACUUUGGCCUUUUCGUGCGUGACAACCAAUGUACUGGCCUUAGAUCAUUUUGAGCACCAAAACGAGAUUGGUCGCCAAACAGGGACUCGCACAGCCCGUAUUGAUCACCAACUUCAUGCCAGACAAGUUGCCAUUGUAGGCAUUCAAGAAGCUCGGACCAAGCAGGGAAGAUACAAAAGUGAGCACUACCACAUCCUUUCAGCAGGGUUUCAGGGACCAAACCCGGUUUGUCUAGGUUGUGAAUUGUGGAUACACCAGUUUCUCCCUCUUGCGACCAUGCAGAAUGGGAUCAAGCUGACCAUUGCUGAUUUCAAAGUGACCACACAAUGGGCUGACCCACGAAGACUUUUCGUCUUGUUGGAAAAUCAUGAGCUCCACAUGUCCUUUGUCGUGCUGCACACGCCAUGCCUCAGCAAAUACAAAGGUGAUGGACUGCGGCCCAUUGAUGCAGUCGCAACUUGGUGGAAGGAAACCACUCGUUUGUUUCGGUUGCAUGCAGCUAGAGAAUUGGUGUGGGUCUUUAUUGAUGCCAAUGCUCCCAUCAAUCAGGAGUACGCACCGUACACAGGUUCGGUGCAUGCUGAAAUGCUCAAUCCCCAAGGCCACCUUUUUGGUUCAUUUUUGACCGAAGCUGAAUUGUAUGUUCCAUCCACCUUCGAUCAAUUCCACAUAGGCCCUGGUCACACCUGGACCCACUCAAAUGGAGCGCGGUAUCGCAGGGAUUACAUUCUUGUCUCUCAGCAAGUUCGAGACAUUGUUGUUGAGACCCAAGUCCUUGCUGAUUUUGAUACCACGUUUUGCCAUGACGAUCACCUGCCAGUGAUGAUGACGGCAAGGGGUUUGCUACGGACAUGUGUUUCUGUUGCUAACCGACAAGUUUGGGACGACCAAGCCUUCUUAUGCCCUAUUAGAACCAGAGCAUUCAGUCAGGCUUUAGCCACUCUCCCAGUACCUGUAUGGAAUGUCAGUGUUGAAACGCAUGCAGCAUGGUAUGAAAAACAGCUGCUCCAGCUUGGCCUCCAGUAUUUUGGCAAGACCAAAAAGACAAGAACUCGCCCAACGCUCAGUGCAGCAACGUUGGAUGCCAUAGCCAUGAAACGACACUUGCUUGACUGCGCUCGAGCAUGGAAUCUCACCCAAGAAUCGCAGUUCAAAGAGACCAUCAGAGCAGUUGAAAAGCAGGUGCGUAUCGCAGUCAGGCAUGACUUAGGAAUCUACUAUGACCAACUAUUGGUGCACCUACAGGAAGCUGACUGCAUUGGUGACUUACGCACUGUUUUCAAAACCUUGCUCCGAAUUGGAGGGCGAAAUCGCAAAACCUCCGGUUCCAUACGCCCCUUGCCUAUGCUCCGGAAGCCCGAUGGAUCAUUCACGACUACAUUUGCAGAGAGACAAUGGGUAUGGAUGGAACAGUUUGCAAACAUUGAGGCCGGCCAAACAGUUGCACAUGUUGAACUCACUCAACGUGAUUCAGAGCAUCAAUGCGACAUCUUGGACCUGCAAGAGCCAGCCUCAUUUCCCACCGUAUGGGACAUUCAACAAGGUCUCCGCAAGCUCAAGCGGGGACGCGCACCAGGACCAAAUGGACUACCACCUGCACUCCUCAAGGCAGGCGGUGAAGUAUUUGCUCGACAAUUCCUCCCGUUGGUAACCAAGUGUGCUGCACACUCACAUGAGCCGCUCUCUUGGAAAGGGGGACGCCUGUUCCCCCUUCACAAGGGAAAGAUGCACCCAUCAGACCCUGCAGGAUACAGAUCCAUAUUUGUCUCAGAUUUUACAGCUAAGCUGUAUCACAUGACGCUCCGUCGCCCGCUGGAGACUGCAUGGACACACAGCCUGCACUCACUCCAAUUUGGUGGAAGAAAGGGGCAAGGAACGGACACAGCACAUCACAUGCUUCAAACCUUUUGGCACUGGACAGUGGCUACACGCACCCCAUCGGCCAUCGUUUUUUUCGAUGUCAGGGCAGCCUUUUACAGUGUCAUACGAGAGGCGCUCUUUCCAGGCAAUGGUGACAUUCAGGCACUCACCCAGGUGCUGCUUGAUCUGGGCAUCCCAGCUGAACUUGCCCAUGCCAUAGCGCCAGGAGUAGAUGCGGACUUCGCCUUGCAUGGCCUUACACCGCAUAUGCUGGCCAUUUUGAAGGAUGCAAUGAUGAACACCCACUUCUUCAUUGAUGGUAUUACCCACCCGUGUCGCACCAGACGCGGAACACGACCAGGAGACCCUAUAGGGGAUAUCCUUUUCAACAUGGUCAUGUCCUGCCUUCUUAAAGACGCCAAACAAAUUAUGCAAGGCUCCGAAUGGGAAUGUUAUGGCCAACCUGAGCAGUGUACCAAUCUCAUGGAUCAUCAGACCAUUCCACCUGUUGGUUUCUUCGAUGUUUCCUUUGUAGACGAUUGUGCUUUUGGUGUCCAUGGAAGGUCCACGCAACAGGUCGAGCAAGGAAUCCAAGCCGUUGUUGAAGCAAUGUUGUCCGCCUCAAAGAAACGAGGACUUGUCAUUAACUUUGAACAGGGCAAGACUGAAGUCCUCUGGAAUAUUGUCGGCAAGGGCUCCAAGCAAAAAAAGGCCGCUCUCGCUGACAACCUCAACCAGCUCAGCUGGACCUCCCAGGAGGGCCACAUAGCACUACGAAUCACACAUGCCUACAAGCACUUGGGCACAUGGAUGCAAUCCGGGCAUGUGCAUGGGAAAGAGAUCCAACAGAGAAGUUCUCUGGCACGCUCCACCUGGGGUGUCCUUGCCAGAUCCUUCUACAAUAAACCCUAUGUUGCGCUCCCCACCAAAGUCAAGGUUUUUCAGUCCACGGCGAUGAGUCAGUUCCUUUACAAUGCGCACGUGUGGACAGGGGUCACCAGCAAAGAAUGGGACAAAUGGCACAAUGCACUGCGAAAGCCCUUCUGCCUUAUGAUUAAAGGCAAGCUACGAGGGGUUAACCCAUUGCACCUGGACAUGGAUGCAGUUGCAGCUCUUGCCGGCGUUUUGCCGCCCAAACAUGCGCUGCAAGUUGCUAGAUUGCGGUAUCUCCGCCGUCUUACCCAGCAAUGUCCGCAGGCGCUUUGGAACCUUCUCAUGGCAGAUGCUGACAGCAAGGACUCAUGGGUAGCAGGCUGUCAGGAAGCAUUUCGAUGGUUCCGCAUGCACUAUGACGUGCCAUUUGCACCACAAACUGAUGACCUGCCCAGUUGGCUGCCAGUUGUAGCAAUGGAUUCCUCCUGGAAAGGCAGACUCAAAAAAGCAGCCUCCUCAUGCCUACAAUUUUGCGCCGCAGUGGCCGAAAGGCAGGUUUUCCACCUUAGAUUCAGCCAGCGGUUCGAAGCAAAAGGCGGAAUACUGCCGGUAGCAUCACAGAAGGUACAGGAGACAUGGCAAUGUGACCAGUGCAACAGGUGCUUUCCCUCCAAACGAGGACUGGCCUCGCACGCGGCCCGUGCCCAUGGCUACAAACGCAUUGAGCGGUUUUAUGCUACACAUGCCACUUGCGAUGCCUGCGGCAAAUUUUACCAUGCCCGAGCACGCCUGCUCAUGCACCUCUAUGACUGCCCCGACUGCCUCCGCACAAUACAAGCCUGCUUCCCACCAGCAACAGAGGAAGAGGUUCAUCGGCUUGACGAGGAAGGCAAGCAGUAUGCCAGUGCCAUGAGACAACAGGGAUGGUGGAAAACCAAAGCAUUUAUGCCUCCUGUCCGAAUUUUUGGGCCGUUGCUGCCGCCGCCAGAUACGCCAGAUGCUCAAGCCUUCCUAGCAAAAUGGAUGGAACGCAACACCAACCCAGGCACCUCGUAUCAAGAACUGCAAGGCAGAUGUGCAGCUCCAGACCCCCCCGAAGAGCCACAAGUGUUCCUCUUUGCAGAAGAUGUGCCAGCAUUCGUGAUGCAUGCGCCCCCGGGACCUAAUGCCGGAGGAGGGGCAUUUGCACAGCAUGGACUCGCAGCCGAAACGGCAAGGCUACACAUCAAAUGGUAUGUCUUUGUGCAUUUCUUUAGUGGAUAUAGGAGAGCCAAUGACCUUCAUGCGGUGAUCGAAUCCACUCUGCUUGAGGGUGGCGCCCAGCUUCUUACCAUAUCAGUAGAUAUGUGUAUGCAGCGCAAAGAUGGCAACCUGGCGACCGACACUGCGACCAGCUGGUGGCUCAACCGAAUCCGUGCAGGGCAGGUUGUGGGUGCAGGUGGUGGACCACCUUGUGAGACAUAUACAGCGGCACGGUUCCUCCCUGAUGGGCCGCGCCCACUGCGCACAGGUACAUACCCAGACGGAAUUCCAGGUCGAACAGCCAAAGAAUGGAUGCAACUUCGCAUUGGCUCACGGUUGGUCUUUUUCAUUUUUGAAAUACUCCUGGAGUUGGCUAUGUACGGCGGCUGUGGUUUUGUCGAACACCCACAAUGGCCUCUUUGGGCCCUGCGACAUGACCCCGCAAGUAUCUGGGCCUCGCAGCAAGCUAGGCUUUGCCGCACCUUGCAAUGCUUCAGCGCCGUCAGUUUCGACCAGUGCUUGCUGGGGUCACCUGCAAAGAAACCGACGACACUGCUCCUGCUGCGAUUGGAUGCCUUCCGACAUGCCAUCCUCAACACAGGGCUAGGAGGAAGAUGCAAUCACUCCAAGCUAGCUCACGAGCAGCUCCAAGGACGCGAUGAGCACGGUGUUUUUCGCACUGCAGUAGGUAAGAUUUACCCUGUAAGGCUUAAUCAGAUGUUGGGUCGAGCGGUGUGCCGCUUUGCUCACCAGACAUUUGGUGACAGGCUUUUGCACAAUGAACUCCCCAACGAUCUUCAAUGCUUUAGGCAGCAAAUUUUUGAGGACCAGUGUACAGCGUUUCCAUUGCUGGAAGCUCUGAUCAUUUGUCGAGCUGCUUGGAAAGCUGCUGGCGUCGAGAAUUCACCUACACGGAAGCUCUCGGAUGUGGGUGUGGCUUGUCGGAUCAAAUGGGGCGGCGCCGCCUCGUUGGAGGUGCCUCUGAGGCAUGUGGACAGCAAUUUGAUGCCCUUUCUUCAAUGGUGCCCCAAAACCAAGCGACUGAUCCCCAACAACCAGAAGGCCUUGAGCAUUCAGGAAGUGAUCAAAAAUGUGGAAGGGAUCCCGCGGCUUCUUCAAGAACCAGCCACCACCCUGCGCUGGAGCAACAGGGCCGAUUCCUUGGCUGUGGAUGGUGUCAACUCAGCACAAUCCGGAGAUCUAUCACUGUUUGAAAGAGAUGUCUUGGCAUGCAGCCUGGCCUACAAAGCCCGAACUCCUGCCUGCCUAGACAGUCCACUCUCCCCGCGCUCCCGCUGGUCGGGCGCCUCUGUGGGCCCCACCUCAGAACCUGAGGAGGAUGUGGACUGGCUGCAGAAAGUGUCUCCUUUGAUGGGCGUGAAAAAUGCCGAUGAGUUGAAGGACCACGGUCAGUCCGAAGGGUUGGGGGAUGAGGAAAUUUCGGACAAGCAGAACUAG